UGACUAAAAAAAAAUCUGCAGUCACAGGUUCCUUUAAAGCUAUACAGAAGUGCCCUUACAAAAACAUGUCUUGUUUCUGGUGAAAUGGAUCCUUCUUUAUCUGACGUCAAGUGACUAAAUUAUUGUUUUCCUGAGAAAGACUCUUGGCUAGGAUUUCCAUUUGUCUUUAUAUGUACUUAGUGAGAGGUGUCUGUGACUAUUCACUUUCACAAAACGAAGAAAAGCAGAGGAGAGAAUCCACGUCUUCAAGAGGCUAAAGGACAGAGUAUCGAAAUGGCCUGGAAAAUGUUCAAAAUUAACGUCAGAAAGUCGAAUGUUCACCUAGGGCUCAGCCGGGGAGAAACGAAAGAAAAAUCAAUAUGCAGCCAAAGAAUGGCUUCAUUUUUCUAGAAGGUGACCCUCCAAGAGAGUCCCUCAGCAACAGCCCCCGAGUUCCAGAAACUGUCCAGAAGCCUGAUGGUCAGCUUCAGCAUCUGUGUGGGACUCAGGCUUCUUGCCCAGUCUUUAUACCAGCAAAAUGCCUGCGGCAGUGGUGGUAACCAGCGUGACACUGCUCCUGAGCGUGGUGCGGGCCUCUCACUCUCUCUGCUCACCCACCAUUUUUUACAGAGACUGCUGGAUCCGUCGCUUUCCGGGUCUUCUGAUUGACCUGGAGGAGUCUCAGAAGCUGGGAGCUCAGUUCCUGAAGUAUUACUCUGAAGGCACUGGCCAGAAAUGCAGCAGGAGCUGCUGCCUUAGGAAGGAUGUUUCCUGUAACGUGGCUGUCUUCUACCAUGAUCCUAUUCACGACAAUGUCAACUGCCUCCAUAUUCACUGCCCAACAUUGGAGAGCUGUGUAUUAGAGCCUGGAACCAGUGCCAUUUUAUACAACAUAACAGAAGGUAUAGAUCCAGAUUUGCUGGUUUUUGAACAGUCACCUCCUGCAUAUCUAAAUACCCGUUCUUCAUCUAACACAGGGGACAGACUAAGGAUUCUAAAAGCUGCAAAUUUAGGUAAACAACAAAGCACCAUGAUAAACCCAACGCUACUGUCAGUAGAGGCACCAUCAUCAAGCACACAUCGAGAUUUGGUUGUAAACACAAACAAGACCAGGUCUUCCAGGGAAUUAACCACAGAUUCUUGGGCAAGCUUUAUUUCCCUGAAUGACUCCAUUACCACAGAGGUAAAUAUGGUGUCACACAGUACUGAUUUCAUCAACAAUCCAGAUAACAAGACCGUUUCUCCUUUCUUUAUGCCAGUAGACACAAAACUUUUUCAUAGGCCUAUUCCAUCCAGACUCAACAGUAGCAAACAAUUACUGAACAAAACCAAGGGGUACAACAGCAGAAACCACACAUCUGAGAAUGAAGACGUGACACCUGAUGGGGCAUCUGUGACUCCAAAUAUGUGGCUGGCUCCAGUGGCCCUCUGUACCUCUGUCAUCUUUCUUGGCUGUUGUAUAAUCAUCCUGGCAUCUGGAUGCUGUAGAAAGCAGAGCCAGUCUAAACCAGGACAGAGAAACGUCAGGAUCCAGGCAAAUUAAAAAAUAAUAAUAAUAAUAAUAACACUCUGAAGGAGAACUCUUAAUAGUAAAAGUUACAGGGAGAUUGUAAGCUUUCAAGAGUAUCAUUUUUAUUUUCUGUAAGACGAGGGCAGUUUGGUUAAAAAAAAAACAAAAAACAAUUGCACAGGAUGCCCACUCCUACCAAUCUCUAAAAAAAGGCCAAUGGUUGAUAAACUUAACUGCUUUUUAAAUUAUU